AUGUCGUUUUCAUUUGAAGUUAAUCCUCGUCUUUUAACCAAUAUUCAUCAAGAAUCGAAAGAUAUUCUUGAACCAAUUUGUGGUUAUGAACAAGAACCACUUGUAUCUCUUGAAGAAGCUUGUCAAUCACUUGAAAAUAUUCUUGGUACAGAACUUAAAUCAUACAUAACUGUUGCAAAAUUAAAUUCAAAAGAACCCAAACAUGGGCUUACUCAGGACGAAUCAGCAUCAAUUUAUUUGUAUACAAUGGAAUGGAAUGAAAGAGAAAAUAGUCUUUAUGUUCUUCUCAAUGAAGCACUUUGUGCAACUGAUAGAAGUCAACUUCAAUUAUGGUCGAAAUAUUUAAAAUUAUUCUUUACAGCAAUCUUCAAGUUACCGUAA